AGGCGAUCAACAUGACGACGGCGGUGGGGUCGAGCGACAAGAGCGCCGACGAGCUGAGUCAGAACGACUGGCUUGCGAUCCAAUUGCCAAAGGAAAUCCUCCGUCAUGGAGGAAAGCUGGCACAUCACUUCCGCACGCUCGCACUGGACGCUCCGGAGGAGGCGAAACGUGAGAUUCUGCGAAAGCUCGACACCCUCAAGAGAGAGGCGACGAAAGAAAUCCCUCCAGGUGUAUUCGACGGAAACGACUUGGACCGAAUUCGCAUCUUUAACUUCUCGAACGACACCGCCGCCGACCUCAAGACGUUUCAGACGUCGACACCGUCGGCGGUCCUGCGUGAAGUCCAAUUCUCCCAGACGCCGGUGUCGGCCAACAAUUACCAAGUGACGUGCCUCCAAGAGUCGUAUUGUUUCCAGACGCAUCUGGACCUUCUCGCACGAUGCGUGCAAACCCCUUCUAGACAAGACGCGAACGCCGAUAGCACGUAUCCUGUGUCGGCGCACGACCCCGCCAUCUUCCCCGAGAAGCUCUUUUCCCUCGCUUCGUGUCGCCUCCAGCUUGAAAUGCUUUCAUCGUUUCGGCAAAUCAACCCGACGUUCUACCGCAAUGGCAUGCGAGUUCUCAUUCGAACGGUGUUGGAGUGUCCACCUCAAGCACUGCAACGAAUUGUGCCCAAGACCGCCGAAGCAGCGAUCUUACAGUCCAUGUUUGAAUUCUGCACCCACGUGGUCGAUGAUGCAGACAGCACCCCCGCGGAAAAGGUCUCUGCGUUGUCGUUGCUUCUAGCGUUGGGGGAAUCGAGUGGCCUCGCACAUCACCUGCUUGUCGUAGUCGAGUCGCUUCUGCUGAACCGCAUUGGUGCUGAAUUCCCUGACGACAACUUUUCAACGGAAGUGACGCACCUUGUGACUCGAUUUGAGUCGUACCGAGCCAACUUUGAACUCGGAUCGAUCCAGGCGAAAGUGAUCAAGACCAUUCGCCUCCAAGAGGACGACGACAGCGUGUGCGGCACGAUUGCGAGCGAUGGCAAGUACAUUUACGCGUUUUCUGGCCAAGGGUUGAGUAAAUUGGGCACGGGGUACCAUGGCACCAUCCUUGGCAACGUUUACGCGACGCAGCCACUCAGCACGUUCAUGGAGUGGUUGGGCUGGUCCAACACGAACGACAUCCACUACUUUGUCUACCUGGUGCACGUCCACCGCAAGCUGUUUGUGUGGUUUGUCCGUCGUGACGAUGAGUCAACGAUGUCUCCGUUCAUGUUUGAGCUCUCGGAUGCCGAUCUGGACAUGGUAGCUCGCGACUGCGAUGACGCCGGCACGGUCGAGUUGAUCGAGUCCGCCAGGAACGUUGAGUUUUGCAGCGACGGACUGUACAUGUAUGUCGUGGCAUCGACGCCGACGUCCCUCGCGUGGAGAAAAGUGGACCCGGCCAACAACUGGAAGUGCUUUCAACACGAAGUCCUCCACUUUGCCACGAAUGUGCCGAAAGAAGCCCACAAUUUGCUGACAGGCGAUGUGCUUCCGUUCUUCUACACGAAUGGCCACUACCUGAUUGGAACGAUCAAGCGUGACACCACGCUCUACGAGGUGUCGAUUGCGUUGGCAACGUCGACAGUUCACGUCGCCUCGGUUGAGAGCGCGCUGGUGCCGAACGCGAUUUGCUUUGAUGCGUGCAACAACUUGCUGUGGAGCACGUCGUCCAAGUCGGUGCUGUGCCACCCUAACACAGGCACCCAUGUCAUCCUGCGACCGGAGCGUCUUUUAGAUGCGGACAUCCAAGCAGAACUGAACCAACCGCUGACCAGCCGCAUUGUUGGGCUGCGCAUUCUCGUGCAACUUGAACGCAUCGUGGAUUCGCACCUUCCGGACGACAUCAACCAAAUGGAUGUCAGCGACGACGCGGCCGCGAUUCUGUUUGGCGUCGACGUCGACGCGUCGACGUUCAAGUCGCUGAUCGAAAUCGUGUCGUACUUUGCCGCCCUCGGGCCUUCGCUUCCAAAGUGGCAAGAAUUCGUCAUUCUCGUGUGCCUGAAGAUGCUGUCGCUCAAUACUCUGCAUUGGCUCGUUCACAAGAAGAAAGAAAUCGCCGACGUUGUCCUCAAUUUGAAUUUUCCCGUCGUGCUCAAGGCACUCGUGGCCACUUCGCCCAACCCACGAAUCGUCGAGGCUGCUCGCCUUCUCUUUGUGCUUUCCAUUGAUAUAUUCCAUCCAACCGUGUCUGCUCAGUGGCAGCUCCUAGUGUCGUACGUGGAAAAGUUGCAUGACCACACUCUCGCGCCCGAAGAACGAUCUGUUGUCGAGCUCGUGGUAGAUCGCCUCUCGUCCAAGCGAAAGACGCAGGAAGCAGUCCAAGAAGCUGCUUCGAAAGACUUUGACGGCAUGCAAUGGUUUGAAAAGCUCGUCGCGUUGUCCGUCGCGAAUGUCAAGCAUCUUCUUGUGGACAGUACGGACACGGCAUUAGCAGCCGUUGGACAAAAACUCACGCACUUGGUGUAUUCGGUCGUCCACGGCAUCCUCGGUGGCGUGUCGGGAAAAAUUGUCCCCGUCUCUGUUUUGCAACGUGUAUUUAGUCUCGUGGUACACGGCUGCGUCGAGCUAUGCGACCUCGACGUUUCUGCGCACCUGGAAGUGCUUGAAACGAGCAUCGUUGGUGAAGUUGCCGCGUCGUUCGUGGGCUUUACCCAAGUAAUCCUUGACGGGCAGUUUGACGACCGCGAUAAGUGGGAAGUUGCGUCGUUGAAAGACAUGGCGCAGCAACUUCUGUCGCUGCUCAAGAAGGUCGUCCCGCUGAUCGAUGCCGUGCCAAAGGACGAGCGCGAACAAAGCAUUGAUGUCCAGUACGUGGGCAAGUCGAGUGUCGAGAUGGAAUCUGCGCACGAGUAUUCGAACGACAUGCACGAGCUCAAGGAACUCCGUUUGGAUGGCGCAACAUCCAUGACGAUUACAUUUGACAGUCGGUCGCGUACUGAGCUCAACUACGACUACGUCACGUUUUACCACGACAGGACGUGCACGGCGUAUUAUGGCGAGGAAAAGUACUCGGGCCGCGAUUCGUCGUACAACUGGCCUGGCGUCGGCCACAACCCGCCGUUGGUGAUUGAAAGCGAUUCGUGUUACGUUCUUUUUCACUCGGACGGGUCCACGGUCGACUGGGGGUUCAAGUUCACCGCGGUGGCUAACGUUUGUGAGAACAACAUGUCGCUGGAGUUGCAUUGGCUCGUGGCCGUUGAAGUGCAGAUCUCGAACUUACUCACAACGAUUGCCACGAUCGGACCAAAGUGGAUGCCCCUCGAGUGGCUCGAGACCGAACAACAUCAGUUUCUCGACUGCGAUUUGCUCCAUGGUGGCAUUGACACGUCCGAAGCGACUGAAGUGUCGGUGUUCUUGAAUGACUUGAUCGAACUCAACUCCCCCGACACUCCCGCGGCACACCUGGCAAAAAUUCUCAAGCAGCACACAAUUCAAGACCAAGGGACGGUGGCACACAUCAACCGCGCUGUCCGCGCCGUCGCAGCCGCCAUGCUUCACCACAACAUGUGGAGUGUCGACGCGUAUGCACUCGGUCAAAGCCGACACACCGACCCGAAUCCGUCCUUGUUGAAGGCGUGGAAGAAUGCUCAAAAGAUGCGCAACUGGUUUGAUCUCGGGGAUGCCAAACGUGCUACGAGAAAGCCGGACGAAGCAGCCUCUGCGACAAAGCCAAAGCUAAGCCGGCAGCCGUCGGCAUAUGUCGGCGCCUCCGACGAUGCGCUGCGCAAGUUGUGUGCAAAUGUCGAGGAGCGUGCCAAGUUUUUGUUGUCACUUGCCCCGGCUUCGUUUAGCUUGGCGACAGAGUCCGAAGACCCCAUGGGUGCGAAGAAGCGGUGGAAUUUGCUGGCGCAAUAUGGAACUUCGUUGAAGAAAGGUGACAGCACCACAUCGCUCUUGAAGAAGUGGCACUCUCUUGUCGACGAAGUUGAGGCAGCGACAGAAUUAAAACGAAAGAUGCUCUACCGAAAGCAAUCGGCCGGACGACACCAAGGCUGCCAUGAAAAAACCGUGACGGAGCUCGUCCUCGAGUUCGUCCAGAGUGACGUCGUGGUCGGGGACCUGGCUGCCGCCGUGGCCUUGCGCAAUCGCCGCGCCCAGUUUCGGUUGCUUAGCUUGACAAUUCUGUACCAAACGUCCGAGAUUAGUCGAAACAACAGGCUCCAACACAACUUGCUCGAACGCUUCGUCAAGUCCAUCUCAGACCUGGAUACGAACAAGGUCCACUUUCUCACGCACACACACGGAUGUUCGCUGUCCCUGCGGAACAACGCUCGAAGUGUCUUCUCCAAAUGCCUUGAAGUGUUUACAAACAUCCUGCGAACGACAAAUGCAGCGGCUCCCUGCACCCCAAAUCUUCUCACGAGCGUUUUGAAGUGCGUUGCGAUGGACUACGAUUUGAAAGAUGCCCACUUGAUCUUCAAGAGCGACGUCAUCCCUGCAGUUUUUAACUUGCUACUGUCAUCCGACGAGCGGGUCCGAAAGACAGCGCAAGCCACCGCCCGCGUUUUCUUGGAACGUUUCAUGGUCAAAGAAAAGGAGUCCAACCUGCAAAAACAACUCUGCACUUGCGUUCAGCACUACUUGGACUGCGUCCACAAACCCGCUGGAGCUGGCGUCUUCCUUCCAAUGGAAGGAUCGCUCUUGAAUUCGGACGCCCCGUUCGUGUCGUUGGGCGUGUGGGUGUACGUUCCACAAACCCAGUGGCGACAACUUCGACAAGGCGAUCGAGUGGUGAAGGGGCCGCAGUGGAAGGACACCGAAAACGUGCCAACGAGCGGCGUCGUACUUGCCAUUCACGGAAACGACCUCUCGGUCGAGUGGGAAGCUCAUGGCAAUACCAAGGCGAAGAAGGGCUUUCACAAGUUUGACGCGGACAAGAAUAUGUUGGAAGUCAUCCCUGUCGAUCAAGACCCGAGCGGACAAAUUUUACUGCGCACGAACCAUACCCAUGGCCCUUGGGGCGAGAUCAACCUUCGCUUGACAACCGAAUUGAAGAUUGAAGGGACGGUCAGUCUAGGGCCGUCGCAGUCGGCGACUCUCGUCACAGCUGCUCCCGUUCGUGUAGACCAGUGGCAUUACGUAUCGUUUGGCCGCAAUGGAGACUCGCUGACGUUGACGAUUGACGGGACCGAUACAGUCGAGGAAACACUCCACAGCGUUUUGCAGUCCCAUGACUCGUCUCUUCCGAUUCACGUUGUCGAAACACCUCAUCCAUUCCACGGUCAAGCGGAGCAAUGGUCGAUGUUUCCCGUAUCGAUUCCACACGCCAAGCUUGUCCGAGUGACCUUUGACCCGCAGUCCAACUUGACGCAAGCCUCCAACUACGUUGCGAUCUACUUGGACGAGACCAUGGAAUGCGUCUAUGGCGAAAACAUGUACAACCAAGCGUUCAGCAACUUUCCUGGGGUUGGCGACAACCCGGCGCUCGACGUACCAUCCGGCGAAUUUGUCGUGGGGCUGUUCACCGAAGACACGUCAGAACUCUGGGGAUUUCGAAUGACGGUUCAAGUCGUUGAAAGUACCUCUCCUUCCCCCAACACCAACAAAAUGUAUCAAGUGUAUUUUGGAGAGGCGCCGAGGCGUGUGUCCAACCAAAAGGCAGCGAAGUGCUACAUUGAAGACUUUGAGUUACUCGAAGCUCCUCCCACGAAAAUCCCCGCGAAAGCCCCAGCCGCCGUGAUACCCUUGCAUGGCGCCGAAAUGUGUAUCCAUGCUCUGAGCUUGAUCAGCAUGUGCCUGUUCAGCCAAAACGAAUAUGGCAGCCAAGUGAUUGCCCCGCCGGCGCCGCUUAGCCACGUGCUUGACCUUGCGUUCGCGUCGAACUUGCCCGUGUCGGUGCGAUGUUGUGCCGCCACUGUGAUGAGCCAUUUCCUGUCGCACGUUCAAGUCGAUCUUCAAGGCAAACAACAAUACAUCACGAAAGCAUUUGCAAGUCUAGCCACGAUGUUGGAUCUGUGGGGAAAAAAGCGACCGAAAGUCCAGUUGUCGGCGGCGUCGGCCAUGUGGCUGGCGUCGUGCUACGCUGCAUUUCUUCGUGCGUGUUGUCAUCAAAUUGAUUUGGGGUCUGACAUAGCCCCAACCUUGAUGCAAAUGUUGCAAGACAAGAGAUCGUUCGAUCAAGUGCUGUCUGCUUUGGCCGUGAUGGGCGGCAUGUACGACGGUGUAUUUGUGGGAAGCCGAGUCAACUGCCUCGUGAAAGCAGACUCGAUUGAAGUGGGGACUGUUCUCCAGUUCGACGUGUUCGGGAACAAGCGCACGGCACGGGUGCUGCUUGACAUGGACAUGACCAAGGUGGAUUCGUUUCCGCUCGACAAAUUAUCCGUCGCUCCUCAAUGUCCGAACUAUCUAAAUGUCUUGUACGACCGGCUGACUCCGUACUUGAACGCGCUCGUGGACGUCUUGCAUGGGUUGAACUCGAACGAAUCGCUCGCUCAACUCGAUGCCCAGGCCCGUCUGAUGAAAGCGAUCAACUUUUUGUUUCAGCACCUGCCGCAGUCGUCAGUCAUCCCGUCGCUUCGGCCGUCUUUGAUGGAACUGGCGUUGUUGCAUCAAGAGGGAGUCUUUCUGCGCGAAAAACCAACCACACACGUGUACGAGUCCCUUCACCCGUACCGAGAUGGCCAAGACGUGUACCAAACGAUUGUGAUGAGCAAUGCCAAGUUGCUCAAGAUCACGUUCGACCCUGCAUCUCGAACGGAACAAGGUUGCGACUACGUGACGUUUUACAAGGACGAGUCGCACUCGGAACGAUGGGGAAAUGACACUUACAGUGGUCGAGACGGAUCGGAAAACUUUCCAGGGUUUGGCGGGCGAUCGGCGCUUGAAAUCCCCGCUGACUCGUUCGUCCUGCAUUGGCAUUCCGACAGCUCGAACAACGAUUGGGGGUACAAAUUCACUGUCGAAGCCGUGUACAGCGACAUUUCGUCGACAUCGUUUACGCUCGACGAGUUGAGUCAACGAAUGUACCACCUGUCUGAAAUCAUGUACGAGCAGCCUCAACACACCAAGUUGCUUCCUCGCGUUGUACCCUUGGAAGCCACCAGUCACUUGCACAAGAAAUAUCGUGCUGUCGACACAGAUGCGCUUCUGUACUUGAAGGACGAACAGUCGGUGGACUGGGAAGUAGGCAUCGCCGAAUGGACCGUACAUGAACAACGCGAUGAGGACAGUCCCGAGAUCAUCACAAUGCGUCGCGGGAAUGUAGUGACAGUCCUGGAAUUUGACGACGAGAAGGGAUGGGUGCGAGUCAAGUACGUCGGGCUCACCGGGUGGUGCAAAGUCAAGGAACCUAAGAGUCUCCAUCGAGUCUCUCGACUUCCGUCGUCAGAGUUUUCCAUGCGCAUUCCCGGAUGGAAUGACUUGUAUACUUCACUACCCAAGCCCGACGAAUUGGUGGUCACAAAGCGCGACGAUGCCGACAAGUUCAAGUCCCAUUUCGACGUGGACACGAUUGAGUUCCAGUCAGGCGAUGCAUACACUACGCUGUUGCGGGAGUUUUCGCAGUCGAUGGCGAUCAAAUAUGCAAAGGACUGCUUGCGGUCGUAUCUGUCAUCUGGCCUCAAAGACGAUGUGUUGCCCGUCGACACUUUUGUGCAGCUGGCGCAGCUUUUUGCGCUCGAGAAGAACACGAUUGGUGAUACGCUCGGACAGCGGCUCAAGAUCCUUGCAGCGCACACAGCGUUUGCCAACGACAUCGUGUCGUUGUAUGUCGCGGCAGUCGACGCCUUUGUCCAGUCUUUGCCGCGGGGCCGCAUUCUUACCAAAACCGUGCACGACAUGCUCCGCGACUCGGUCGUGAAGAUUCAUUUUCCUGGCGCGACGUCGAUCCGUCUUGCAUUCGACAAAGAGUCGCAUUGCCACGAAAGUGACGAGUUUGUCCGUGUCUACGACCAACGUGACGUCGUGGGUUCGAAAUAUCAAGGACCCAAAGGCAGCUCGUGGCCAGGAGUUGGUGAAACACCCCCGCUGGUCGUGAAAUCCGACACUGUCACAGUGAACUUUGAAUACGUUAGUGAUACUGGCGGCACUCGCUUGAUCAAGUUUACAGCGUAUGCCGAGUACGACGACGAUGAAGAGACGAAGACACCACCUCCAAAACCCGACGAGCUGGCUUCGUUGCAUUUGGCCUGUUGGGUGUUUCGCGCGUUGGCAUCGUCUCAAACCAUACCUCGACGUUUCGUAGCGCGCGUGCUGGAUUUGACCAUGCAGCUGUAUCAAUUCAUGCCGGAGGACAUGCAAAUCAAACUGAUUGAUGUGUGGGCGUCAUUUCUGACCGAUGUAUCGAUUUUCCAAGAUUUGACGGCACAUCAAAUCAAGACAUGGUGUUUAUUUGUCAAAAACAAGCUGUGCCUCCAGUUCGAAAGUGAGGUGCCACAGGCCUCCGUGCUCCUCAAGCGGCUCGUCCAAGUCGUCGUUGACAUGGACUUCAAGCUCGACGACUAUUUGCUCCAAGCCGAAUCGCUCUCCGACACAUUUACCAACUUUGAGUUUGUCGCCACCGCUGCCAUUAAACCUUUGGUCGAAAACGGGAUGAGUGGUGUUAUCCUGCCGAUGAAUGGCCCAGUGCUUGUCCGAACCACACAAGGGCUUGACAACGGCCUGCACGCGUGGGACGUGUUCAUCAAAACGAUGAAGUCGCGCAUCAGCAUUGGCCUGGCCUCAUCGGACCAAGACAGGUUGGUGUCUGCUUACCCCGACGAGUUUGCUUUGAAACAAGGAGAUGUCAUUGGGUUUGAAGUGGACUUGCAUUUGAAGCUUGUGACGUUCAAGCGGAACAAUGCAGUGCUCACGUCCAAGCCGUUGGUGGGAGAACCGUUGUCUACGCUCUAUCCUGCUGUCGUCUUGCUUCACCAAGGCGACGAAGUCUUGAUCCAAAAGCAAGCGCCAUUGCGAUGCGUGCGGAAGACGAUUACGGAGAGUCCGUGGUGGUAUGCCAAGAUCGUCAAGUCCGUUCGUCUUUUGCGCGGCUUGAAUUCCGUGGAUUCUCCGAGUACCGUCGACAUUUCUGGUGAAGACACUGAAGUCAAUUUCCCUGGUGCUAAGAAGCUGCAUGUGGCUUUGAGCUACAACUCUGCCUUGGACCCAGAAAAGUCCUUGCAACUGACUAGCUGUGGCAAGACAGUUGUGUUGGACAGCGCCAACAAUCUGCUUGCGACGUCACCGUACGUUGAGAAGAAUGUCGCACCGACCAGCGUGAUCCUGAAACGCGUCAGUCGGGGCAGCGACUGGCAGUACGGUAACGAUGAUGGUGGUCCAGGGAAUAUUGGGGUUAUCUUGAGUCUUGAAAGCUGGGGUGGUGUCGCAAAGUCUGCAGUGCGUGUGCAAUGGCUAGACAACAACAUAACUGGGAUCUAUCGCUACGGCUUUCACGGCCGGUUCGACGUCGACUUGGUUUCGCCGUUUGCUGCCCCGUCCAGCAUGCUGCUCGUCGAUGGCGAGACGUUGCAAAUCCAGGCAAAGCCCAAGACGACUGUGUCGCCACUGUUCAAGGGAAGUUUGAGCUUGGACGGGACGCAGCAUGUUGUCAUUCGUAAUUUGACGUCGCUCCAACGAGACUUUACAAUUCAGUUCUGGCUCAAGCUGGACAAGGUCAAACCGUGCAGUAUCUUUUGUAUCACGAGCGACGAAAACGCGUGGUGGAUGAGCUUGUCCGUCACGUCAAGUCACGAACUGGCAUUUACGAUCGGUCAUGUUUCCGAGGAGUCGAUGGCUGUGUCCGUCGGCGGCACCCUCGAAGAAUGGCAUCGAUUUGAAGUGUGUGCAGCAGGGUCGCUGAUUUCAAUCCAUGCCGACUCCAAGAUGCUUGGACACGAGCGUCUUCCGUCCAAGUUGAAUCUUGACUCGUCGCCGGCAAGUCUUUCGUUCGGCGCUGGUCCGACCAAGUCCACGCCCGCUCACAAACUUACUGGACACGUGUUUGGGCUGCGAAUUUGGAACGCUCCGUUGCACCUGCGUGAGCUCGCCGAAUUUUUCGUAAACGAUGAACGCCACUUGACGGAAGAAUGCCCAACAUUUGACCAACUCGUCGUCGAAAGCACACUGCUGGAGGUUCAGCGUCCAGUCCAGGACAUUCCGCGCGCCAUCGUCUCAACGUCGCAAGCCAUGUCUGCCAUGACCUUUGACAAUCACUCGAUGCACUUUGCUAGUCUUCGUCCCAAGUAUCUUGGCGUUAUCUCGCCAUUGACGACUCCGACCAAAGUAUACUACGAAGUCACGUUUUUCACGGCUGGUUGCGUGCAAGUGGGUUGGUCGUUCAAGGACUGUGCCCCUGCGGGAGCCACCAGUGGUAUCGGCGAUUGCAAACUGUCGUACGGUUUGAAUACCGUCGCGCAGUCGAAAUGGCACGGAGAGCGAGAACACAUUUCGGAAGUGCCGUGGCAAGCAGGUGAUGUGUUGGGGUGCAUGUUGGACUGGGACGCCGGCGUGAUGACGUUCUCUGUGAACGGCCGCCUCUUGGACAACAUCUCGUUCAAACGAGGGGGCGGAAACUGCGGACGACCAACCCAGGAAAUCAAUUCCCCCACUGCGUCCAUGUUGGGCGGACUCUGGGGAGAUGACGAAGAGGAGGAUAAUGACGACGAAAAUGACGGCGACGAUGUCCAUGAUGGUAGCGACAACUCGGACCAGAUUUUGACUGCACAAGAUGAAGCUCUACCCGAUGACUCGGUAGUUGCAGCUGUCGCUGCAGAUGAAAGAGGAUCGCCUUCAGUCAUGGAAGCAAGUUUUGUUGGUGCUGACCAAGUGGAAAUUGAACUAGAGCCAAGUUCCGAACCAGCCGAAACCGAGGGCUCCAGUGCCAUGAAACCCGCGACAACGCUGACGACGCCAAUCGAUCAAAACGAAUGGCUGCAACGAGGUGGAAUUUUUCCGUCCCUGUCAUUGCGCAGUGCUGACUGCAUUCGUUGGAACUUUGGCCAUACUCCAAUGUUGCAUUGUCCUGCCGACUAUGUACCCAUUGCCGAGGCGACGCAAUAUCUGGAACGCACGGUCGUGUUUGAAAAGUACGACUUUGAAGAGAAGAAAUGGCAAGAUGUUGCUUUCCGCCAUCGCGUGAAUGAGCAGAAGCCAUCGUUGGAAGGUGAGUGGCUCUGCCAAGAUGGACACGGCAACAGAGUUGUGGACUCGUCGCCUCAUAAACGACACGGAACAAUCGUAAAUGCGACCGAGAAGACGUGGACCUCCAACGUCCUGCCCCCUUCAUCCUCGUCGAGUGUUGGGUAUGCCCUCAAAGUUCGCCCUCUCACCGUAAAAGCCAGGUCUGUGCUGACCGAGCCGUCGCUUUUUGAGCCUGUUGGCGUUCCAGGACGGCAAAAAGAAUACCUUGAAAUGGUGCGAUAUGUCAACAGUGUGUGCACGAGUCGAUCGAUGUCCCUGGCCGGAUUGCUGUCGUCCAAGUGGUCGAGUCUCGCCCCUGACGCAGAUACGUUGUUGCGUUGGCCGACGUUGGCGGAACUGACGGAAAAGAAAGCGGACCUUCCAGGUCGCUUCGACGUCCUUCUCGAGUUCAACAAGUCCCUGCGCGAGUCGUUGGGACUGGUCGAACUCACGAGCACAGCAAGCUUGGCGACGCAGAUUUCCAAAGCCCGCGGGUACAUCUUUGGGUUGGUCAAGCAUGAGCUAUGGGAUUUUGUCAUGGAGCAAACCAAGGCGGCGACAUCCCCGGACAUGGCGCUCACGCUCAACCGACCCAAGGCGUCCCGUUGGAAGCAAUCCAGCAACGACUUCAAUCGGUUUGCGUUGUUUGCCCAAGCGUACCGUGAAAUGAUCCAUUGGGUCCCGUCCACGUACUGCCGAUCGACCAAUUUGUACGUGGUGACAUUUUUGGGCGAAAACUCGAUCGAUGCUGGCGGUCCAUACCGUGAGACUCUAAGCCAGUAUUGUGUGGAGCUGCAAAGCUCGCAGCUACCGCUGCUCUUGCCAGCUCCCAACGGUCAGCACAAUGUCGGCAGUCAUCGCGAUGCGUGGGUGUUACAUCCAAACGCGCAUCAGCACCAUUCCGGCAUGUUGAUCUUCCUUGGCAAGUUGCUCGGCGUGGCGAUUCGCACCAAGUACUGCAUGUCGCUGACGUUGUCCCAAGUUGUGUGGAAGUUGCUCGUGCAGGACCCGAUUACGUUGGACGACCUAGAAGCCAUCGACACGCUCGUGGUGAGCUCGAUGCGAUCGCUGCGGACCAUCGAGCAGAGCGGAGUGACGGAAGAAAUGUUUGCCGACAUUAUCCAUGAAACCAUGACGACGCUGUCGACAGACAAUCGUCAAGUCGACCUCGUCGAAGGUGGCGAUGCUAUCCCCGUGACAUUUGCCACACGACACAAGUUUGCCGACUUGGUGGAAUCGUACCGCAUGCACGAAUUUGACGCUGCCGCGGCGUACUUGCGGCAAGGACUUGGCAUGGUUGUGUCGCUUCGGUUGCUACGUCUGUUUACGUGGAUGGAGCUCGAGGCGUUGGUUUGUGGCACCCCCGACGUUGACAUUGACUUGCUCGAAAAGUGUACCGAAUACAGCAGCUGCAGCCCCACGAACCAGCAUGUCGUGUGGUUUUGGGAAGUCUUGCGCGAGUACAACCAAGAAGCACGUCAAGCGUUCCUUCGGUUUGUCUGGGGGCGGUCUCGGCUCCCGCGGUCCGUGCAAGAAUUUCAAGCAGGCCAACAAUUCAAGCUCCAAGCGUUUGAGCGGCACCCGGCCGACAUGUACAUGCCUGUGUCGCACACGUGCUUCUUUUCGCUCGAGCUGCCACGGUAUACAUCGCGCGACGUGCUUUCGUCGCGGUUGACCUACGCCAUCUACAACUGCAUUGCCAUCGAUGGCGAUACCAACACGAUGCAAGCAAAUCAAUUGGGGUGGGAAGACUGACGUAGCCAUCGCUAGUGUUGUCAGCAUCGAGCACAAUAGAAAUGAUUCGAGGUAUACAGUG